AUGGUGCCGCCCGAUGAGAGCGUUGCCGCCUCCCUCCCCCACAACGAAUACUUCUGGCAGCCCUUCCCAGCCACUGCGUCUUACCUUACCCGUCUCGGCUGGACUGCCGACCUUCUCACCGCGUGCCGUGGCGCAGGAUGGAACUUUUCCAUUUCAUCCAUCCCCCACCCCCCCUUCCCUACCAAACCCCUAGACGGCAACGAACUAGUCCGUCUAGACCUCAUCCCCCUCGCCUCGCGCACUGGCACCCGCCGCUCACAAACCUAUGCCGCCUUCCUCCGCUCCCGCCUCCUCGAGUUCGCCCUCUCCUACCUGACCAUCGACAUCCUCACCGGCACCAUGCGCCACGACCCCUACUUCGUCCUCGGCCCAGACUACGCCGCCCAGGGCCACCCCCUCCCGGCGCUGUACGCCCGCCUGCCCCUUCCCGCGGUGACCAUCCCCGUGCUGCGCAACAUCCCCGCGCUCGCGGGCAUCAUGGCCGGCAUGCACCUGGAACACUCCCUCCUCCAACUAGCCAUCGUCUUCCCACUCCGCGGUCUGUUCGGGGCCCGCGCCGAGCUCUGGCAGCACCCGACCCUCUUCGGGGGCUUCGUGCCCUCCGUCCUCGACCGCGGCCUCGCCGGCUUCUGGGGCGGCUGGUGGCACCAGACCUUCCGCGCGGGCUUUGUCGCGCCCACGCGGUGGUGGUUCGCGUCGAGGCGCCCCAGCCAUCCCCGGGGUAACCCUCCGGCUGACAACGGGCCCGACAACAAACCCUCCGCCGCCCCCCCACCCCUCCUCGAAGCCUUCUUCGCCUUCCUCCUCAGCGGCAUCCUGCACUCCGGCCGGCGGACACACCUUCCGUCCCGCGCACCACGCGCUCCUUGGACCUCCAAUCGCCUUCUUCACUCUGGAAAAAGACGCGCCACCGCCUCCCCAACCUCCUCUACACCCUCGCCUUCCUCCAACUCACCGCCUGGGGCCUGGUCGACGACAUGGGGCGGGCGGGUGUGUGGCUGUUUGAGCCGGUGCCGUUUUCGGUGGUGCGCGCGCUGGGGCUGGUCGGCACGCCGGGGGAUGGGGCCUGCUGGCGGUGGGAUGGGGUGGCGUAUGGGUUGA